AUCAAAUAACCAAUAGAAGAACCAAUCAAUGGAGUUCUCAGGCAAACUCUUCAUCUUCCUCCUCCUCCCCCUCCUCCAAAUUUCAACUUGCGAUGCCUAUGCCAACCCAAUCUAUCAUGCAUGCAGCAAAAACUUCACCAGCGACAAUCUUAUUCAAGACAGCAUCAACAAAACACUUUCCAGCCUCUUAGCCAAAACUUCUCUCGAUAGCUUCGGCAUCUCCUCCUUCGGCGACGGCUUUUUCACUAUCUUCGGUCUCAGUCAGUGCCGAGGAAACCUCACCGUCGACCAGUGCGCACCUUGCAUCACCAAAGCCACCGAAGAGAUCCGAACACUCUGUCCGAAUUCCGCCGAAACUCGCAUUUGGUACGACCAUUGCUUCCUUCAUUAUGGCACUACUAAAUUUUUCGGCGAGCCAGACACCAGCUUUACUCGCGUUUUCUCUUCCGGGCUUAUCGCGGCGGAUCCGAUUAAAUUCAAUUACGAACUUAUGGAUUUAGUAUAUCGGAUGAAUGCGAUGACGGUGGGAAUAGAUGAGAAAUUUUCAAUGUAUGCUACCCAUGUGAGUAAGAACUUGAGUAUAUUUGCAACGGCUCAAUGCACGAGAGAUCUUGAGGAAUUGGCUUGCAGACAAUGCUUGGAUAAGUUAUCUGAGAUUUUUUCAGGUUCUUGUAAGUAUCAUUUAGAUUGUUAUGUGCUCAGCAGCAGCUGUGUGUUGAGAUAUGCUGUUAGUGAAUUUUUAAAUCUGCCUGUAUCGCUUAGCCCUCUUGUGUUUGCAGCUGGUUUUCUAGCUGCCGGUAUUAACAGCAAUUUAACUGGCGGUCAUGGUUUUUUACCGCGGUCUAAAGCCGAUGUUAUGUUAAAUCAGCUGCCGGAAAAAAGCGGCAGUCCAGAGAACCGCGAAUUAACGGCCGGCCAUUUAUCUACUUGGCCGGUUAUCGGCGGCUUGAACCAUUUCGUGUUAGUAAAAUUUAUUUCUGGAGGUCUAACCGCCGGAUAA